AUGCCCCCUCACGAACAAACCCCCCUCCUCACACCAGGCAACGGCCACACCGCCGCUGUUCGCUUCAACUUUAUAAAGUCGAGCCGUCACCUUCUUUUUGGCUCGUGGCUCAAUGCCCUCACCAUCUUCGUCCCCAUCUGUCUUGUCGCAGAGUAUUCUCACUGGUCGGCCACUGCCCGUUUUGUGACCUCGUUCAUUGCCAUUGUCCCUCUCGCAAAACUUCUCGGAGACGCUACUGAGCAACUGUCCAUGGAAAUGGGCCAGACAAUCGGUGGUCUUCUCAACGCCACGUUCGGCAACGCUGUCGAGCUCAUUGUUGCUAUUGCUGCUCUUGUCCAGGGCCAGCUCCGUCUCGUCCAGACCUCCCUUCUUGGCAGUAUCGUUUCAAACCUUCUCCUCGUCCUGGGCAUGAGCUUCUUUGCGCAAGUUGAAAACACGUUCUCGGAGGCGCUGUUUGGUGCCACUGGCGCUCAGGCAAGCUCGUCACUCCUCACUCUUUCUUGCAUUACGCUUAUUAUCCCCGCUGCUUACCACGCAUCGGCCAGCGACACCGGCGGCUGGUUCUCUCAUGAUGCGCCUGCCCCUCCUGAUGGCUCCCUCCACGGUCUCCUUAUUCUGUCGCGUGGUACCGCCAUCAUUCUCCUCUCGACCUACAUUGCCUACCUCUUUUUCCAGCUCCGCACCCACGCGCAGUUGUUCGUCAGCGAGGCCGAGCAGGAGGAGGAGGUUGCCGACAUGGACCAAUACAGUGCAGGCAUCUGGCUCCUCAUCGUCACCACUGUGACUGCGUUUAGCGCCGACAUUCUGGUCGGCAGCAUCGAUGACACGGCGACGACAUGGAACAUUCCCAAGGCGUUCAUUGGUCUCAUCCUGCUCCCCCUCGUGGGCAACGCUGCGGAGCACGUUACCUCCGUUUGGAUGGCCUACAAGGGCAAGAUGGACCUCACCAUUGGUGUUGCCGUUGGCUCGAGUAUCCAGAUUGCAGCCGGCAUGAUUCCCCUUCUGGUGCUCAUUGCCUGGCCCCUUCAGAAGGACCUCACUCUCUACUUCGCCAACUUUGAGACAAUUGUCAUGUUCGUCUCUGUCUUGCUCGUCAACAUGCUGCUUCAGGACGGCAAGAGCAACUACCUCGAAGGUCUUAUGCUCAUUGCCCUCUACCUGGUCAUUGCGCUCAGCUACAUCGUGUCGUAA